CCAGCCUGUCAGCCAGAGUUCAGUCAUUCGAAAAUCCCCACUCGCUGCAGUCCCUUUCGAUCGAAAUUCCGGUUAACAAGAACAGCCAAAAAGUAUCAGAAACCCCCCAAAAAUCUAGCAAAUCAAAGAGUCCCCGAAAAGGCAGCAGUUAAUAUACGCAUAGCGAGGCAAAAUUAUGAACCCGUUUCGACCACGUCACAAUGCGAAUCAUCACCAUCGCGCCCGCCUCAAUCUGGACCGUUUGCCCGGCGAUGUGGAUCGCCACGGGGAGAGAUCGGUGGACAGAUCGGUGGACAGAUCCGUGGAUAGACGGCUGCGGCUGGCGCAAAUGCCGGCGAUUCGAUUGCGGCUCGAUCGGCGGCCGGACCUGGAGCGCUUCAUGAUGAACGUGCGCAUCCUGCUGCAGCGCCAGCGGGCCAACUUCAAUCUGGGAGCCGGCGACGGUGUCUACGUGUGGAACUGGCGUGAGCCCCCCAUGGCCACCGGCCUGAUGGGCGAGGGCGAUGGCGAGAGCUAUGGCGAUCUCAUGGACGAGGCACCACUGCCGCCAGCGCGUGCCCUGCCGCCCAAUGCCUAGGAUCUGGGAUCUGCAUCUGGCCAUGCUAUCACUCCAAACACCACUGCAUCCUGUCUCUCAAUCUCUCCUGUGUGUGGUGUCCUUUUUUUCGUUUCCGAGCCUUGUUUCCCCCCCUCCCAAAAAAAAAGAAGAUGAAAAGAGAGAAAUCAACAACAUCAGCUGAAAACCCCAAGCCCCCAAUCAAUCCCCCUGCCACACGUGCUCAGCCAGGAGCAGAAGCCUGUUCGAACGCAUGUUGUGCUAUUAUUAUAUACCCGUUGGGUGCCGGGUUCCUGCUGGAUUCGCCCCUGGAGUUCGCGGGGCUCGAGGGGACCGGAGGACACGCCGAGGCGCACGCAUAUAAUAAUUUCCUGUUCAAUGAGCAAUUACCGUAAUAAAGAUACAACUCGGCCACUCUA